AUCAGAACGCGUGAGCAUCUAAAACUGAUUGAAAAGAAAGAAUUACUGAAAGAAUUUAAAAUCAUAGAAUCGUUUGGGUUGGAAGUAACAUUAAAGAUCUUCUAGUUCCAACCUCUCUGCCAUGGGCAGGAACACCUCACACUACAUCAGGCUGCUCAGGCCCCAUCCAGCCUGGCCUUGAACACCUCCAGGGAUGGGGCAGCCACAACUUCCCUGGGCAGCCUGUGCCAGUGCCUCACCACUCUCAUUGUGAAGCAUUUCCUCCUUAUGUCUAGUUUAAAUCUGCCCCCUCUAAUUUAUAGCCCUAUAUAGGACCUCUAGUCCUAUCACCACAAGCCUUUGUAAACAGUCCCUCCCCAGCUUUCUUGUAGCCCCUUCAGGUACUGGAAGGUUGCUAUAAGGUCUGCCCCAAGCCUUCUCUUCUCCAGGCUGAACAAGCUCAACUCUCUCAGCCUGUCCUUGUAGGGAAGGUGCUCAAGACCUCCGAUCAUCCUUGUAGCCCUCCUCUGGACCCAUUCCAAGAGCUCCAUAUCCUUCUUAUGCUGAGGAUUCCAGAACUGGACACAAUACUCCAAAUGAGGUUUCACAAGAGAGGAAUAGAGGGCCAGAAUCACCUCCCUCGACCUGCUGGCCAUGCUUCUUUUGAUGCAGCCCAGGAUACCGUUGGCCUUCUGGGCUGUGGGCACACAUUGUCAGUUCAUAUUGAGCUUUUCAUCAGUCAGCAGUCAAACCACCUUUUGCCCUCUCAUCAAUCAAACCCCAAUGUUUGAGGUUAUUUUGAUUUAAGGAUGAUUUGACCAGACACAAAGGUGAAGGUCGUAAACUUUGUAAUCAUGGACAUAAGUGAUAUUUCAGCCUUGAUACCAGCAGAACUUUUUGUUCCCAUUUUUCUGUUAGCCAGCGAGAUCCUUUUUAAGAUGGAAUCUAAUUUCACUGUUUUUUCAAAGCGUUGGAUAGUCUGGUCUUGUGCAGCAAAAGUGCAUUUAGGAACAGGAGAGGAUGAGGUUUCCCCGUGUACCUGUCUGUCUAAGCCACCAGGGGGGACUCACUCCUCGGGUAUUGCAGCAAGGAUCUGGGGAAAAAGCACCUGUUCUUGAGGGAGGUCUAGAAAGUCCUGAAAUUCGGCACAGAUUUAUUCAUUUAUGUUAAAUGAGCUUUUAUAUAAAAUCGUAUAAGUCUGCAGUGCUUUUUUCAGUCUGCCUGUGAUUAUGUCAGGCACCCAACACACUGUGCAGCAAAGUAUGGGUCUGGCCACAGGGGUACAAAAAUGCUUAUAGCUGAGUUAUUGUGUGUGUCAACAGGGUACGGUCAGUGCUGUCUCAUGCCUGACUCAAACUGACCUCUGACUUUUGCCACAUCUAUUGGACUGAUGGAAGACUUAAUGUAGAGCCUGGCUUGGCUUCUCGCUGGUUAGACUCACACCACAUCAGUGGCCAUGGCUUUGUGGCUGAAAGGAACCUUUUUUUGACUGUACCUGAACAAAGUAGCUCUUCCUUAGCAGCUGCUUCAUCCAUCACUCCUUAGUGGCUGUCCCAUUACUCCAUUUCUUUUUUUCAAGUAUUGCAGCCUUCCCAAUUUAUUUCAAUUUCUCUACAUAUUUUACUAUUCUCAAGCAAAAUUUGGCCAUUUUGAAACAGAACUGUGUUACUGCUGUGAUCACAAAGGAUUUAUGUUUUAUAGCAUCCUAUUAAACAACAACAAAAAUAUGUGUGUGAUGUAUGUACACUGGAGAUCUGUCUGAAAAGUUAUAUAAUUUUGAAUUUCCACUUUACAAGUUCCUUUCAGCCUUGAACUUUAUCAGGCUGGUGGAAACCUACUUGUGGUCUAUAGAAAGAUUUGGAAACACUGAAGAGAAUUCUCUAGUCGUAUUAAUUUGCAAAUUUUUAUAUUAUUUUGUGAGUUAUUACAUAUAUUACCUCAUUAGUUGUACUUUUGGGUACUUAUAACUGAAUUCCCACCUUCCUUAACUAGUCUGUGAACUCCACCAUCUUUUGGGCACAAUCAGUAAAGUUUUUGUGCAUGUCACUGUUCCUAAAUUAUCUUUUGUGUUACAUGUUUGGACUUCUGAAAAACAAUUGCUUAUUUUUUUCCUACUUUGCCUUCAUAAUAUGUAAAAUAUUAUCCCGGUGUGUACAGAAUUCAUGAGAAUAAAAGCUUUUAAACACUGUGAUAAGGAUCGAGGAGAGUCAGAACAAUUGUUUGUUACAUUUUUUGUAAGUAAUUUUUUUAUAGUGUCCUGCUUAGCACAAAACAAAAUACCUAUUAAUCGUAUAUACCGCACUCUUUUUUUGGUGAAAAAUACAAUUGCUGAUCUGAGAGGAGUCUGCAGAAAAUACAUAUAAAUCAAGAAGGUAACUCAUGAUAGGCAUUCUUCCAUAAGUUCAAUAAGUUUCCAUGUUUUAGUCUAUUCAGAAAAAAAUGUAAUUGUGUUUGCUGUCAGUUAGAUGAUGAUUGUGCUUUUCUGAAUGACAUAUUAGCCUUUUUUUGGUCUGUUUAAGUAGUUGGGACUAGCAAUAUUGCUGUGUUUGUGCCGUAAAAGCUGACCCAGUUUAGUCCACACAACUGAUAGAACGCAUACAGACAAAAUGUUAUUCUUUGCACAAAAAGAGAGAAAUAAAGGAGUGUAUCUAAUACCAGGUUAAAAUCUGGUUCCUAACCUGUCUUCAGCCAUGACGGAUAGAUUCUGUGUUCUUACAGAAACAUCUCAGUCAACAUUUGACAGCUUUUGUUACUAAUUAUCUCAUGUUCCAUGUCUGCCUGGACUCAGGCCUGUGUCCUGCACUGGCACAAGAGUCAGGGGUUGGUCUCUGUGCUCUUGGGCAAGUUGUGCAGUGCAGCGUCUCCAGCAGAGACUGCAGGGAAGAGCAUUGGAGAAGUUCACAGUGGGAGGCUGGGAGGCAGAUGUGGGACUCAGCAGUUGUGAUUUUUUGGGUUUUUAAGAUUGAUUUCAUUGAGAAGUAUAAUUACGAUAGAUACAGCUUUGCAGAUGGUAGCUGACAUCAUGCAGGACAUCAGUGGGUCUACUCAAUAACAUAUCGGAUGGUUGCCUUCAGCUCUGAUACUUAACUCCAUGUGGAAAUACAUCAUCUACAUACACUCCUCCAGAGUGCUGGUGUGUCCCUAAAGCAUGCUGAGCCUUGUAAUAAAUUCAUUCUGAAAACUUCUGAGAGGGAUUGACUACCAUAUCAAUAAAACAGUGCAUUUGUUUUUCAUCAGUUGUGGAUUUUUCACUCCUUUGCUAAGUACAGGAAACACUGUGAGUGUUUGAAAUGAUGUCUUAAGGAAUGUUAGAUCUGAUACGUCAACUAAACUAGCCCUUGACAUGCUUCUGGUAAUCAUAAUUUUACUUCUCCUCCCUUCCUCAUUUCACAGAGUUUUCGCUUUCAUUUUUCACUUGUGACUUGAGCUGUGUUCUCUGAGGAAAAUGUAACAAAGAAAGGAGAAAUUAUUUUUCUUCACAAAAUUUAUUGUGGUGAUAACUGAUAGUGCUGCAGUUGGAUUAAUUAAGAUGGCAAAGAAUUCGACAAAAUAACUGAAUAUUCCCUAAAGGCUCGUGACUGAGGAUGACUGUGCUGAAUUUUUGUUCCUCUUUCCCCAGAACAAAGUUUUUGUCUGUUGAAUACGGAGCAAAAUAAGUAACCAUGUUUGGACUUUUAUUUUUCAUUUUAUUCACCCCUGGAGUCAGUGAAUUUCUUUGUAUGUCUUCAGAUCUAGAAAUGUCAUAUAGUUUUUGUGAUGCCACAGCUCAUGCUUUCACUUUUAAUCUGACACCUUGCCACAUCGUGGACAAAUCAGUCUGGAAGACCUCUCUUACCUGGAUUCCAAGAAGUGACAUCACCUUUUUGAAGAUUGUCUUCAAAGUCUGGUAUGAAGGUGCCAAAGCAUUACACUGGAAAGAAGUCCUUUGUAGUGGAGCCGAUGAUGAAUACUCAGUGUGCGGAACGCUGAAAGGAGAGUUUGAAUGGUGUGAAUUCUCUGCUGUAAACCAUUCACACCUCCGCAGCUUGAUGCCAAGACCUCGGGCUGCAAUGCUGAGUGUCCUACCACUGAUCUCCUAUGCUGCGUGCCCCACCAGCUCAUUGGAGGUGCACCGGAGUGGCAUGUGCAGGCACCAGUUUGGGUCUGGGCUCAUCAAUGCCUCUCUCCUUUUCCUCUACUCCACGUUCGCACUGGAGGAGGAAGAGGAGGCUGUCUCAUCUGUCAGCGUGGAAACUGAGAGUCAUCUGGAUCUAGCAACAGCUGUGAGCAUCUCUGCCCGUAAUUCAGCAUGAGCCUGAAAGUAUGGGUGGGAAAUAUUAUUCAGUGGAAGGGAAGCAAACAGCUUCUGUUGCCUUGGAGCUAUUGUUUCUUUCUCUAGCAGGGCUGCUUUGAAUAUUAAAGAAACUAAUAGUGCUUCAAAUUAAAAACUGUGAUUAACAUUUUGUACCAGCCUAGUGUGCUUGUGCUGUGAGAAAGCAAGAGAUAAUAGAAAACUACGCAGUCUGUCUUGCAAAAGUGGACAAGUUCAUUAAGCUGCACAGCAGCUGCUGCAAUAAAGGCAUUUCAUUUUAAAGGGACUCCUGCGUUGGUAUUUGGCACAAAGCUGCUGCUCUGUGAAAGCAGAGAUCAUAUCUUCUUUCGUUUUUAAUUAAUAAUUUAAUUAAACAGGAAGUGUGUUUUCUUUAAUUUUUGUAUUAGUGUUUUCGUUGUUGUUGUUGCCUGGUGUACUACUGUGAAUGUAUCCUGCAGUGGCAUAUCCAAGAAUAUUAUUUUUAGAUGCAGCUUUGUCAUUCUUUUUUACAGGCCUAGUAUUGAUUUUAAACAUCUUUUUCUUGCUUCUACUGCUGUUGUCAGUUACCACCCCCAUGCCAGCAACAUGCCCUUACACAUUCUUCCAUUUUUUCUUUUCAAGAAAAGCCUCAGGUCUUCUAUUUCACUAGAAGAAAGACAUUGAGGUCCUGGAGCUUGUCUAGAGAAGGGCAACAAAAUUGAUGAAGGGGCUGGAAAACAAGUCUUAUGAGGAACGGCUGAGAGAGCUGGGGUUGUUUAGCCUUGAGAAGAGGAGGCUGAGGGGAGACCUUAUUGCUCUCUACAACUAUCUGAAAGGAGGUUGUAGAGAGGUGAGUGUUGGUCUCUUCACCCAAGUGACAGGUGAUAGCACAAGGGGGAAUGGCCUCAAGCUGCACCAGGGGAGGUUCAGAUUGGACAUUAGAAAAAACUUCACUGAAAGGGUUAUCAAGCACUGGAAAAGGCUGCCUGGGGAGGUGAUUGGGUCACCAUCCCUUGAGGUAUUUGAAAGACAGGUAGAUGAAAUGCUUAGAGAUAUGAUUUGGUAGUGAACAAGUACAGUUGGACUUGAUGAUGUCAAAGAUCUUUUCCAAAAUAGAGAUUCUAUAAUUCUAAUUCAACGCUGCCUUCUUUGAAUUUAAUUUUAGUUAAAACUGCUAAACUGCAUUUGUCCUGCAUACAGCUUUUGCAUAUGAUACAUAUGGUUCAAAAUGACUGUUCUUUUAAUCAGCAGAUGCUAGAAAUGUUUAUUCAUCAUGAAAAACAAAUAAAAACAAUAGCCGAU